AUGGAGAAGCUGGCGGCGGAGCUGGAGCGGCAGCUGCGCGAGGAUCAGCUCCAGGAGGGCGACGACUGGUUCCUAGUGUCCUCCACGUGGUGGACGAAUGUGCUGGGCGCGUCUCCUAGCGACGAUACGGACGAUGACGCGGACGACUCGGACGACGCCGUACCGCGCAGAAACAGCGAUCUACGGGUCCAGAACGCCCCGUUACUGGAGUUGGAGCUCAGUAGUCGUAAGCGUGGGGUGGCGGUGCUUAAACCCAUGCUGGUAGAGGACAGGGACUACCGCCUAGUGAGUCAGAAAGUGUGGAAUCAACUGUCCGAUCGCUUCAGCUUCGACUGGGAGAUCUCCAGACCUGUAAUAACCCGUGGACCUGCCAAAAAUCGGAUUGUGGAGGUCAAUCCCGUCAUUUUCGAGGUGCUGGGGUGGCGUACGGGUCUGGAAGGGCCUGUGGAGCUGAUAGACACCGAGCAGAAGCCUUUAAUACUCACAGCAAGCGAGAAAUGCUCACUCAAGGAGCUGCAAUUGAAGAUCUGGAAGGUGGCAGCUGAGUCGCAACUUAGUGAAAUGUUCCCAGAUGUUACCGAAGAGAACCUGAUGGACGCAGUGCAAGUUUGUUACAGGAUGGAUGAGGAGUCGUCGUGGACGCCACUCAGAGACGCCGUGGUGAAGGAGGAGCGCCCGACAAACGGCUUUACGAGCUCUAACGACCCAGAUAUCCUCGUGGAGAGCACUACCGUGGGCGAAUUGCAGCUGGAACAACGCGAUUACAAGCCUGGCAAGAAGAAACUGCACCAUUUGCUCGUGGAAGGAAGGUUUCUCGCUCCCCAAGAGGCUGGAUCAAGAGAUUGGAGACACGGCAAGUUCUAUAGUGAGAUUCAGGCUGAAGCGUGGCGGUUUAGGCUGCAGAAAGACCAGCUGAUCGACGCGCUGGAUACCGACAAUAAAUGGUACGAGUCUCGUGUGGUGGACCUGGCGGAGACGCAGGUGAAGGUGCAUUAUCGCGGCUGGACAGCCAAGUGGGACGAGUGGGUCAACCGUACGUCGACGCGCCUCGCUCCGCUGCACACAAAGGUCCGGAAUUGGCGCAAUUUCCAGCUGAAUGACGAGAUCCUCGUGGGUAGAGUCGUGAGUGGCAAAAGCUUCCCAGAGUGGCGUAUAGCGCGCGUCACGGACGUCCAGAAAAUCGAGAUGGACGACUCUCUUCGGGUCGAGCUGGAUGUGGGCGGCAAUAAGCGCUGGAUGGAUGCGCAAGAUGAGUUGCUGUGCCCGGUAGGCACCCACAAGGCUGUGAACGCGUCCACUGUCGUCGCAUCGCCCGUCUCCACGCACUCUCCGGCGUCUUCUUACAGAUAUGGGCGGGACUUUGAAGCAGGACGUGGUCGACCGGAGUUUGAGGGCGUCGUGGGUCUCUCCAAUCUGGGCAACACAUGCUUUAUGAACAGUAUGCUGCAGUGCUUGAUCAACACGGCGCCAUUGCGAGAAUAUUUUCUGAAGAAAGUCCCAGAGACGGGUACGUUGUGCUUUACGAAGGAGAUCAACCGAGAUAAUCCGUUAGGGAUGAAAGGCAUCAUGGCGGUGGACUUUGCGAGUCUGUUACGGAAGAUGUGGAGCAAUGAAUUCAAGGUGGUGACGCCCACGAAGCUCAAGUCGGUGAUUGGACAAUAUGCGCCGCAGUUUGCAGGAUACCAGCAACAAGACAGUCAGGAACUGAUGAAUUUUCUGCUCGAUGGGCUCCACGAAGACCUCAAUCGCGUCAAGGCCAAGCCGUACACGAAACCGGUGGAGCGUAAUGGCCGCAGUGACGCCGACGUGGCUCGAGAAGAAUGGCAGCAGUUCCUGCGACGUAACGACAGUGUCAUUGUGGACAACUUUAUGGGCCAAUUACGCAGCCACGUGACGUGUUCAGACGCUGAUUGUGGCCACGAAUCGGUCACGUUUGACCCGUACAUGAGUCUCUCUGUACCCAUCCCGAACAACGAGGCGGUGGGGGUUCAGGUGCAGCUGUUCUGGGCCAAUGGAGACAUCCCGAUGAAGUACGCCUUACAUCUACCCAAAGACGCUUGUAGCUUACAAGAUGCCAAGGAGAAACUCAGUCAAUUGUCGGAGGUCCCUAUCUCCCGGCUCUUCUUCGUGGAGGUAUGGAACCAUCGCAUCAUCAAGGCCUAUUCAGACAAGUUUUCCGUCGAACGCGUGCGCGAAGACGUUCUUCAUGCGUACGAGCUGGAGCUGCCAGUGACAGAGUACUCGUUCUCGUCUCCUACGAUCCGUCCUGCUGGUCCGAGAAGGUUAGGCACGCUGGAAUCCGAGUCGGAACGUAAGCAGAUGCAUCUGGUCGAGUUGCUGCAUCAAGCGCCCGUGGCGUCGCCUGUGGAUGGACGUGCGACUUCCGAUGGCUACGACAUGUUGGUAGAGGAAGGGUAUGGGCCAAAGCAACGUCGCGUGGAGGUGGAGCUGUUCAAUACGCCGCUUCUGGUGUCCAUUGACACGACGUGGACGAAAGCAGAGAUCCACGAGAAGGUGUGGCGAGUGGUACAUCGCCUUGUGGCUACAGGAGAAGCAGACAAGGAGUCCGACGCGAGUUUUGGAUGUCGGCAGGACCAGCGACUGCCCUAUCGUCUUCAUGUGACGGAACCGAACGGAGCAACGACGUUUCUCAACGAUCUCCCACGCGACAACGAGCCUGUGGACGUGUCUGGCAACUCGAACAGACCGUUCAGCUUCACCCUCGAGUGGAAACGCAAUGGAUACCAACAGGGCUACGACGAGACGUCGGCCAAGCGAGUGGAGCUCCACGAGUCGAUGAAAAGUCUGGAGAUCUCGUCGAAACCAGCGCGUCUGACGCUGUUCGACUGUCUGGCCAAGUUUACGGAGCGCGAGCAGCUCGGAGAAGCGGAUGCGUGGUACUGUCCCAAGUGCAAGAGCCACGUGCGUGCGUUCAAGAAGUUCGACCUGUUCUCGCUGCCCAAGGUGCUGAUCUUCCACCUCAAGCGCUUCCGGUACGCGCAGAACUCGUUCUACAUGCAUCGCGACAAGAUUUCGACGCUGGUCGAGUUUCCAGUGCAGGAGUUGGAUCUGGCGGAGUUUGUGGUCGGCCCAGACAGCGGGUCGGCGCGUCUUUACGAUCUCUACGCUGUCUCGGAGCACAUGGGGGGUCUAGGAGGCGGACACUACACGGCUGUGGCCAAGAACCCCGUGAAUAGACGCUGGUUUGACUUCAACGACAGCCACACCAGUGCCACGACAGCUCAAGACGCAGUGUCGGCCAAAGCGUAUGUGUUGUUCUACAUCCGUCGCGACGAGGCGUAA